AUGUCAGAUUUGAAGCUUGAUGAGGCCUCAGAACCAAUCAACCCCUGGAUCACUCACAUAGCUCCUGCAGACGUUGAUUUGGUGCUGGCAGCGGCUCCAAAGCCUGUGACCUUUUGGCUGGAGUUGGGAGCUUUUGAAGGCGGCUCUGCCACUGUAGCGACUGAACGGAUUUUGGCGCAUGAGUUCAAUGCCUCGGUGGUGGCUGUGGACACCUUCUUGGGCGAUCUCUUUAUGCUGUGGACACGGCAACCAGAGGACCGCAGGAAGAUGCUCCGCAAGGAUGGCGGCAGCGCAAUAUUUGACCACUUCCGACGCAACGUACGUGCUGCGGGGCUUCAGUCCUGCAUUUUGCCUUUGCAAACGACCUCGAUAGUGGCCUUGAGAUUGGUGGCGUUACUGGCUGAGCGACAGAUCACACCCUUACCGCAAGUCAUCUACCUUGACUCAGCACACGAGGAGGGUGAAGUGCUACUAGAGCUCAGCUUGGCUUGGAAAGCUUUGCCACCGGGUGGUGUGCUGUUUGGGGAUGACUGGGUCCUUCAUGAGGGCUUUAAGGAUGACAAUGUCACAGUCCUUCUUGAAGGUGGCACCCAACGUGAUGUUCUGCGCUUUGCCGCCCUGAUCGAGGAAGAACUGGAUGAUGAAUGGGGUCUGAAGUUCCAGCCUCUGCGAACCUUGGGUCGCAUGCGGCCAGGUUUGUUUGUCUCAUACCAAUCUCUUCAGUGGUUUAUGAAGAAGCUGUCCAUGAAGAAACUGUCCAAGGUCAAGAACACCUGGCAGCAAAGACAUCCCAGCAUGAGCAAUGCCGGAUAUGUUUGCUGGAGUAUAGGCUUUCAGAAGGACGGGUGUUGUAACGAGACUCGUUUUGGACCUGGUGGCAAUUCCAAAUGCUGGGACUUGCUCUUCACCCAUGAGAGGUGCUGCACAUGA